ACCAUGGCUUUGCUUGUCAGUCUGGUUUGCUACGUACAUGUACCUUCCAAAUUAUAAUACAAAGUUUAAAGUGCAUUAGUGCAGCAGCUAGCUGCAGUAGAUUCUUCUAAUAUUCACAAUGAGGAACAUAUUUGCACUGUCUCUACUUGUUCUGCUGUCGCUGGUAAACAGCCAACCAGAUGGAGACUGCAACCCUACCCCACAAACCUUUCCAACCCUGUUCUUAGAUGGAUGUGUUGCCUUGGGGCGGAUAAAUACCACGUGUGAUGGAUAUUGGAGUGCAUUUUCUUCAGCAUUUGCCAACACAGACCCUAGUGGUAUAACUACAGAAAACUAUGAGGACUACUUCAACAUGUUCCCGAUAACUGCCGCGAUGGACACGUUCUUGUUCUGGUCUCAAACUAUAGAGUUGUCAGUCAUGCUGAGUUGCAUGUGUAAUGCUGCUGACGUGUUUUCUGGUCCAAAUUAUUUCCCGAUAUCAAUCAUGGACAAAAUCGCCGACAGGUUGGACAUGCCCAUGACGCAGUUACGCUGGUGUGGAACUACCAGUGGUGGUAUAAACGGCAUACAGUACAGUGGAAUGUGCCCGUGUAGUACUUCCUAUGCUUUCUUCCAAGAGUUCUCAGUUAGAUUUGCUGAAGCUGCAGCAGGCACCAUCUUUUAUCUCGGCUUUGGAGAGUCAGAGAAAGGAGCUUUCCCCUUGAAUUCUUUCUUUGCAAUGCAUGAAAUCCCUGCCUUGAACAGGAAUUUGGUUGAUCGGGCAGUCAUCAUGGUGGUGCAUGUCUCACAGACUUAUGGUGAUGUCUCUGAGAGGUGCGGACAAGGCUCACUGCUCAUUUUACAGCAGAGACUUGUUGAACAAAUUCCGGACAUUGACUAUAGCUGUUACGAUAUUUUCGGUUAUCCUGUUAACACUGAUGCUAGCUUGGUAGAGGUGACCGAUUGUGCUGCCAAUAUCAUCACUAGCAUACAAGAAGAUAGAGAACCUGCAGAUGAUCCGUGUUUCAAGAAAGAGGUCAGUUGUCCACUAAACUCAGGGAGACAACGACGCCAGGAUAAUAAUGGAACAGAUCCUUGCAACGCCGGUGUGUCAGCUGGACAAGGUGUUUCAAGUUUAAUCAUUUUUUGGGCUUCACUACUGGUGCUGGUUUUUGCUGCAUCAUAAGCAAGCAAUAACUCAUAUACAGAUUUUAGCUGCUAUGGACUCGUUUUGCCUGUGUCUAAUCUAUAGCUAUAUAGCUGAUCCUGUUUUGUAUUGUAGUAUACAGAUAGUAUACUAUCUGUGAUGUAUCUUCCUGCCAAAAAAUCCCCAGUGUAAAUGAUGGUUUACCAAGAAA